AUGGAGCCAUCGCCGGCUAAGGUAGAUUCCGAUGCGAAGAUCGUUAAGGAUCAGAAGAAUCCGUCGCCUAGCGUCGAUCCGAAAGCCUCGGAUCACGGAUUGAAGAAGGGAGGCGAUGACGCGAGCUCCGAGAUCGCCUUGUCGGAGGUCGAAAUCGGUACGAAAGGGAUCGAUCCAGCGGCGGCGGCGCCAUCGGAAGCGCAGCCGCCGGCGAGAACGUCGUCCGGAUCGAAGAAAUCGGUGCAUUGGAGCCCGGAGUUGGUUUCGGGGUCUCAGGAAGCGGAUCAGAAGAGUGCGACGUCGUACCCGGCCGGAUCUAAUCCGUAUAUUGCUCGGUCUCCGGCUGACACGUCGGACGCUUCGUUGAAAGUGAGAACUGCUCCGAGUUUUGCGGAUGCUGCUAUGGGAAGAAUUGCACAGAGCACUAAGGUCCUUGCAGAAGGAGGAUAUGAGAAGAUCUUCCGACAAACUUUUGAAACCGUUCCAGAAGAACAGCUGCUGAAUUCUUUUGCAUGUUACUUGUCGACUUCAGCUGGCCCAGUUAUGGGAGUUCUAUAUAUAUCCUCUGCCAAGCUUGCUUACUGUAGUGACAACCCUCUCUCUUACAAAAAUAAUGGCCAGACCGAAUGGAGCUACUACAAGGUGGUGAUACCAUUACAUCAACUUAAAGCAGUGAAUCCAUCAACAAGCAUAGUGAAUCCUGCAGAAAAGUACAUACAGGUAAUAUCGGUAGACAAUCAUGAGUUCUGGUUCAUGGGUUUCUUAAACUACGAAGGCGCUGUGACAUCCCUGCAAGAAGCUUUGCAAGCCGGUGGUGGUUUACGGUCAGUGUGA